AUGAAAACUCCGCGGAAGCGCAGUCAAUCGCCGAGAGAUCUCCGUGGGGAUGCUGUAGAACGCCUUGAGAUCGCCGUAGAAUCGCAUCCGUCGCCGUCACGUUUCAGCCUUCUUGUGUGCUUCUUACUAUGCGCAUCUGUGCAGGCUUAUAAAGAGAUCUGUGUCGGUGGCAGCGGACUCAACUGUCAGGAGUGGAAGGACCAUAUGCUUGCAGAACACAAUAGAGUCAGGAAGGAUAAAAAUCUACCUCCUCUAGUUUGGAAUAAUCGACUAGCAAAGCAUGCCUUGGAGUAUGCACAAAAUUGUUCCCGCAAACACUCAGACCCUAGCGACAGGAAGUACGACGCCGAUCUUAAUUGUUACUGGAUUGGCGAAAAUGGAUGGUCUGGAUAUCGCUCGUCGGGAGAUCAAGCAACGAAGGCAUUUGAAAACGAACGGAAAUACUGGGAUGACGAAACUGAUAAAUGCAUGUUUCAUUGGACAAAAUGUGGUCAUUAUAAACAGAUAAUAAGCCCAAAGACAUGCAUGCUAGGAUGUGGACGGGCUAAGUGUGGUGACAACAAGAGGAGGAUAUGGUGUUGGUAUGCAACCAAAUGUCGUUCGUGUGAAUCUUCGAAAAGGAGAGAACUUGUACAAUUGUUAGAACUGAAAUCAGAAAACGCUCUAUACGAUUUCCAACGAGGCCUUCACAAAAAAGGCAGGUCAACUGCCGCCCCUCUCACGAAAAGACCGCCUCCAAUAUCUCAAGAAGUGACGGGGCUGAUAUCUGAAGAGAUCGACGAAAGUAACGCAGACAGUAGCGAAUCCAACGAAACCAUUUAAUAGAUCCGACAGUGGAGAAAACA